AUGACACGCCGGCGCAUUAUUCUGCUCCCCGUCCUGCUGCUCGUCGCCGUCCUUGUAUAUCUAUUUCCGCCAACGCAGCUAUCCUCUCUUUACUCCUUCGACGACUGGGCACCGCUGGGCAGUCCCUCAGCGCAGGCACGCAGGGCGCAGGAGAUCCAUGGCCUCCUCUACUUCGUCAUCAAUCGCGCCGACAAGAUCCUCGUUCCUCUGAGCGACCUCGACGCACCCAUCGACCCGACAAAGCCGAUCGAGCUGCGGGUGUAUGGCGAGGAUGGUGGUCUGGAGUCUGCGAGCCAGAAAGACUGGAUGCAGCGCGCGAACGCACUUGACAGGGAAACACCGCUGGUCAUAUUCUCAAAGUCGUACUGCCCCUUCUCGCGUCGAGCCAAGGCAUUACUAGCAUCCUACGACCUCUCGCCCCCGCCCACAAUCAUUGAGGUCGACCAACGUGGCGAUGGAGACCUCAUCAAAAGCAUAUUGACCCGUCUCACUGACCGCGCGACAUUCCCGAAUGUAAUCCUCAAGGGAAACUCGAUAGGCGGCUCAGACGACCUCGCUGCUCUUCACCAGCGCGGCAAGCUCGCGCCCAUGCUUCGUAAAGCCGGCAUUCAAAUUCGCGCGGAUCCGAAGAACCUCGUACCGCCACAAUGA